ACCGUUUCCGGUUUAACUUUCGCGCACUCCUCCAUUAUUCUGCAUUCAUUUCAAGUCUUUUUGACUGUAGCUAUUUUCAUUCCAGUUAGAAUUUAUUCCUGAAUUUUAUAAAACACCCAACAGGCCGCCGUAGAGGCUUUCAUUUUGAAACCUUUUCCCCGGAAGUCGUAUUUUCCGGCUUUAAUGAUGUGAGCAGUGAGCGGAGUGAAUCCGCUGCCUGGCUGUAAAUAACCGCAGGAAAACGGCUGUAUUCAGUAUAGUAAGGGGAGGAGAGAUGGACCGACACCGUGAAGUGCUGGAUGUCCUUUCAAACCCUGAAACGAAGCUGCGAACAGAAGCUUUACCUUUAGAUGUGCGAAAAGUGAUUGUUGGUGAAGAGCAGCAGGAGUGGAGCUCCAGUCUGGACCAGCAGGACCCAGAGCCCCCACACAUUAAAGAGGAACAGGAGGAACUCUGGACCAAUCAGGAGGGAGAGCAGCUUCAAGGGCUGGAGGAGGCUGAUAUCACCAAGUUCACAUUCACUCCUGUCCCUGUGAAGACUGAAGAUGAUGAAGAGAAACCUCAGUCCUCACAGCUUCAUCAAAGACAAACUGAGGAGAUGGAAACAGAAGCUGAUGGAGAGGACUGUGGAGGAUCAGAUACUGAUGACAGGACUUCAGACUCUUCUGAACCUGAUGACAGCGACAAAGUUUGGAAUAAGACAAUAGACCUUAAGUCAGCUUUAAACAAAACUAAAAAUAACAGUUGGAAUAGUGGCAAGGAAGCCUUUAGUUGCUCUGAAUGUGGCAAAGGAUUCAUCUACACGACAAAUCUGAAAAGACACAUGAUGAUUCAUAUCGGAGAGAAACCUUUCAGUUGUUCUGAGUGCGGUAGAACAUUUGUCCAGAGGUCACAUCUACACGAACACAUGAGAUGUCACACAGGAGAAAAACCUUUCAACUGUCCAGUCUGUAAGAAAUGUUUUUCACGAAGUUCAAACUUACAAAGACACAUGACGCUGCACACAAAGGAGAAAAGAUUCAGUUGCAGUGUUUGUGGCAAAAGAUUCACUUGGCUGAGUCAACUCACAAGACACAAGUGUGUUUGUAAAUCCUCACAGCUUCAUCAAAGCCAAACUGAACAGAUGAAGACAGAAGCUGAUGGAGAGGACUCAGCCAGGAACUCACAUCCAGACAGACAUUUACAAUCUGAUACUGAUGACAAGACUUCAGACUCUUCUGAACUUGAAACUGAUGACAGCGAUGAUUGGAAGGAGACCAGUGAACCUAAAUCAGGUUUAAGGUCUGCAGAAAAAGUGCCUGUUAGUGACAUGAAAUGUAAAACUGGCGGGAAAUCCAAAGCUACCUUCCGUAUGGGAGGAAAAUUGUGUAACAAGAAAUAUUUAAAGAUACACCGGAGGGCUCACACAGGAGAGAAACCACAUUUAUAUUUACAAGCAGAUACUGAUGUCAAGACUUCAAACCCCUCUGAACCAAAGACAGAAGUCAACGUUGGUAAUUGGAAGGAGACCAGUGAACCUCAGUCCUCACAGCUUCAUCAGAACCAAACUGAACAGAUGGAAACAGAAGCUAAUGGAAAGGACUGUGGACCAGCCAGAAACUCAUAUCCAGAUAGACAUUUACAACCAGAUACUGAUGACAGGACUUCAGACUCUUCUGAACCUGAUGACAGUGACAAAGAUUGGAAUAAGAAAAGGGAACCUAAAUCAGCCUCAAACAAAACUAAAAAUAACAGUUGGAAUAGUGGCAAGGAAGCCUUUAGUUGCUCCGAGUGCGGCAAAAGAUUCGUCUACACGAGAAAUCUGAAAAGACACAUGAUGAUUCAUAUUGGAGAGAAACCUUUCAGUUGUUCUGAGUGCGGUAGAACGUUUGUCCAGAAGUCACAUCUACAGGAACACAUGAAAUGUCACACAGGAGAAAAACCUUUCAACUGUCCAGUCUGUAAGAAAUGUUUUUCACGAAGUUCAAACUUACAAAGACACAUGACGCUGCACACAAAGGAGAAAAGAUUCAGUUGCAGUGUUUGUAAAAAAAGAUUCACUUGGCUGAGACAACUCACAAGACACAAGUGUGUUGAUGAGUCCUCGCAGUUUCAUCUAAGUCAAACUGAGGAGAACAGAGAGGCAGAGCCUCCAGCCAGCAGCUCCACUGAACUGAUGAAAAGAAAAGCUGAUGGAGACGACUGUAGAGGAUCAAAACCAGCCAGGAACUCACAUCCAGAUAGAUAUUUACAACCAGUCAGUGAUGACAAGACUUCAGACUCUUCUGAGACUGACGUCAGUGAUGAUGAUUGGCCACAGACAAGGAAACCUCAGUCACACUUAAACACUCUUAAAAAUAAUGACGACCCUUUAAGUGACAUGAGCUGUAACGCUGCUCAGAGAUCAUUUAGCUGCUCUGAAUGUGGUCAAAGGUUUGGUCGAAAGCCACAUCUGAACGCACACAUGAGAAUUCACACGGGAGAGAAACCAUUUAGCUGCUCCUUCUGUGGCAAAAGAUUUUCUCAAAAGGGAAACUUAACAAGUCACCUGAGACUUCACACAGGAGAAAAACCGUUCAGUUGCACAGUUUGUAAAAAAACGUUUAGAUACAGUGGAGAUGUUAGCAGACACAUGAGAAUCCACACAGGAAAGAAAACAAUCAGUAGUAAUGUCAUGAUUGACAAUAACAUACAAGAUCAGAACCAGCCAACAACGUGGAUCCAGAUAGUCAUUUAAAACUACUUACUUACGAUGAAGUUUUAGAAAGUGAUGUGUUAAGUAAUACUGUUAAGGAGUCAUUUUGCUGCAGGGACCAUCUAAAGAGGCACAUGGAGGAGAAACUCUCCAUGAAUUCAGACAGUGAGCAGAGCUGACAUGAGGGGCAUUAUUAACUCAACACAUUGUAAAUUUACACACAAGUUUUCCAAAAAUAAAAUCACGUGCAAUGAAUGCUCUUCAAUGUGCUUACACUCUCUGUGAAUGUAAACUGUAACUGGACCCGCUGAGUCGACGGUGGUCGUACAGUUAUGUCAUCAUAUUCUUUAAAUAAAUUUACAGGACGCAGUUAGUUUGGAAAA